AUGAUCUCUACACCUUCAGAUUCUACCCCAAGGUCCUCCCGGCCUGUUCUCUUGCGCGCAAUUGCACGUUCCGUUUCGCUCAGGGACGGAGACCGAAAAACAUCACCUCACCCGAGAAAAACUCUUUCGAGCUUGUCCCUAACAGAUCUUCUUUCCACGAGCCUCGCGGAUUCACCUGGAGCGUGCGGCUCUCCCGACAUUAAAGAGGAUAGGAAUGAGAUGUUCAAACGAAAGCCCUCUUUAGUGAAGAAACCCGGCUUCAACUCCGCAGAAUCCGCAGUACCCAUCAAACCUGGGAAACAGGAUUCUCUCCUCAAGCGCAUAUCCUCUUUGGUUCGAAGAGAUAGCACCCGGGAGUCAUCUCCCCGACCCUCGUCAUCACAAACGCUAUCGAGCGAUCCCACCGUGUCUUCUGGCACCACAAUCGAAGUCGGUCGUGAUUGGGAUCGCAGAGGUGAUCUGCACCGGCACGACAGCGAGGGGCUGCUGAACAACCAUUUACAAGCUUUGACGGAGCUGGAUGAAGAACCUUUCUCACCUUUACCAACCCCUUGCCAAGGGUUGUUCGAAUCGUCCAGUUUCUAUUCAGCGGGGAGGUCACAUCCUUCGUCCUCAAAGCUUAUGAUAGUAGUGGAUCAUGCGAGUGCAAAAGACCCUCUUUUGCCUGCCUCCUUAGGACAGGAAUUCACGCAUGACCUUGCCGUACCUUUUCCACUUUCACCACUUCUCUCUCCCAUCAUAGGACAAACCAGCCAGAUUAGUCUCUUCGACUACGAGACACCAUCUUCCUGGAACAUUGCACUCCCACCAUCUCCUAUUUUAAGCCCCUCCCCCUCCAUGAGUACGCAAGAUAUUCAUACAUAUCUGGAAGUCGAACUUGACAGCGCCCUUCGAGGUCACUCCCACUCUCGUCGGCUAUCUCGGAGCCGAUCUGCAUCAGAAUCUGACGAGUCAUCGAGCGGUAUUGCCUCAGUGGACACGCUAUCAGCGUUGUCAUUGGAAUAUGCACUGAAUGUCAGUGGGUGCAAGCUGAAGGACAGCGCUCGCCCGAAGACAUGGGCGAGCGACCGUGGCUACGAGAUUGGGGUUCGGGGAUUGGUUAUUCCCACCGAGAAACACAUCAUGCCUUCUACUGCUAUCAUUGUUGGCCUUCAUCGUCAGCGUAGUGCUGAUGGCGUUGAGAUUCCGAUUGGAGUGAAGCGUAUCCGUUAUACGGAGGAGUCGACAUCUGAUGAUGGAGUUGCACCCUUAUCGGCGGAGCUUGAUGUCUCCCUCGAAAGGAAGCCGAUCUCUCAGUCAUAUCCAGUUGGUGUUCAGCUACCCUCCUUGGAAGCAAUGAAAGAGCGGAACGCCAGGCGAAAGAGUGCGACUUUCUUCGACAGAUUCCGGCGCGUCCGUUGGUUCUCAUGA